GGUUGGUGUGGAAGAUCGCAAUUCUCCCGCCGGAGGCAGCAGCUAGCCUGCGCGAGAGGGUGUGGGGCCGGGGGCGGGACCUGGGCUUAAUGAAGGUCCAAGGGGCCCGGGACCAGGCGAGCUUCAUCUCAUCUCUGUGGACCUUGCGGCACUGCACCAGCCACCAGAAUGGAGAGUAGGUGCUAUGGCUGCGCUGUCAAGUUUACCCUCUUCAAGAAGGAGUACGGCUGUAAGAAUUGUGGCCGGGCCUUCUGUUCUGGCUGCCUUAGCUUCAGUGCAGUGGUGCCCCGGACUGGGAAUACCCAACAGAAGGUCUGCAAGCAGUGCCACGAAGUCCUGACCAGAGGAUCUUCUCCUGCCAAUGCCUCCAAGUGGUCACCACCUCAGAACUAUAAGAAGCGUGUGGCAGCCUUGGAAGCCAAGCAGAAGCCCAGCACUCCCCAGAGCCGGGGCCUGACCCAACAAGACCAAGUCAUCGCUGAGCGCCUCGCACAGCUCCGCCAGCAGAACAAGCCCAAGUCAGUGGCCUCACAGGCAGAGAUAGAAGCGAGACUAGCUGCGCUGAAAAAUGAAACCCAGGGUUCCAUCCCUUCCACCCAAGAGACGGAGGCACGGCUUGCUGCACUGCAAGGCAGAGUUCCACCUUCUCAGAUGUCCCGGGCGGCACAUCAACCACCAGACACAAGGACCCAGGCCCAGCAGGCACAGGAUCUGCUGACACAGCUGGCAGCAGAGGUGGCUAUUGAUGACAGCUGGGAACAAGGAGGCCCAGCUGCCCCUAUCCAGAAUGACCUCAACCACGGUGGCCCAGGGGGCCAGAGCACUAAUUCCCAGGGACAGGCCACCUGGUCCCUGGAAGAGGAGAAGAGCAGGUUGCUGGCUGAGGCAGCGGUCGAGCUGCGGGAGGAGAACACGAGGCAGGAGAAGACCCUGGCCCUUGCCAAGCGCCUGGCCGUGCUGCGGGGACAGGACCCCGAUAAAGUGACCCUCCAGGACUAUCACCUCCCAAACAGUGAUGAAGAGGAGGAUAAGGAGACAGCCAUCCAGAGAGUCCUGCAGCAGCUCACCGAAGAAGCUGCCCUGGAUGAGGCAAGUGGCUUUAACAUCCCCGUGGAGCCUGCUCUCAGAGCCCGGGCCCAGUCCUGCAGGGCAGAGUCCGAGGCCCAGGCCCAGGCCCCCAGGCCCGAGGAUGAGGAAGAGGAGCUCCCCUGGUGCUGCAUCUGCAAUGAGGAUGCCACCCUGCGCUGCGCCGGCUGCGAUGGAGACCUCUACUGUGCCCGCUGCUUCCGGGAAGGCCACGAUGCCUUUGAACUUAAAGAGCACCAGACGUCUGCCUACUGCCCCCAGCACAUAGGCCGAGAACACUGAGGAAACCAAGGAGGCAAUCCCAUGGUCAGUCGUGCAGGCUUGGGCACAAGUCAAGCUAGACUGCUCAUGGACAUGCCGUUUCCUGAGCCUCAGUGUCCCUGGAAGCAGGAAAGAUUCUCCAUUUAGGACAAUAACUGGGGGAGCCAGAGGGAGGACAGAAGUCAGAAGCCGUCCAACAGCCAACCCUUGACUGGGAGUGAGGCAUGGUGAGACUGAACCUAAGGGUGAUGAGCCUUAGAACUUGCUCAAGGACUCAGGGCCCUCCCCUGGCACUUAAUGGAUCUAAUAAAGAAUGCUGAUUCCUUGAGA